AUGAAGAUUUCGGUUGAUAUAAUUGAGAAGAUCUUAGUAUCUUCUUUUCAAAGUAGUAAUACAACUUUAGACUCCAAUACUAAAGAAGACUUGUUAUUAAAAUUACAAGAAUAUUUAGAUAAGUUUACAGAUGAAAUUGUAUUAAGAUCUAUUGAAAAUAAACCAAAGAGUGAGAUAGAUAAUGACGAAAUAGUUCUUAAUGAAAGAGAUAUAGAGAGAAUAAUUGGUCUUUUGCUGUUGGAUAUGUGA